AUGGACUCAAUCGACUCACUCAAUCACCUGGAGGAGCAGUUUUUCGAAGCUGGUUAUCAACUUGGUGUUAGAGAUGGGAAAGAAGCUGGAAAGUUGGAGGGUUACCAGUUAGGGCACAAUGAAGGGAUCAAGUUAUGGGAAGAGUUGGCAUACUACUUAGGACAAGCCCAAAUCUGGAAGGCCACCCAGGACAGCAGCGGAAAACUCAACACAAAGAUUCAAAACUUAAUCUCUCUCAUAGAGGUCUUCCCGACUCACAACCCACCCGAAUCGGACGAAGCCGACUUCCUUGGUCAGGUCAACAACAUCCGAGCAAAUUAUCGGAUGUGCUGCGCAAACAUGGGUCUAAGACCACGAAUUAGAGAGGCCGCUGGUCACUCGCUUUAA